CCAGGACAGUGCGGUCCUCAGUCCGGAGCGCGGGGAGGGAGGGGAGCGGAGCGGAGGUGGCCGGCGGCCGCGGGGCUCCCUGCAACCCGCCUGCCUUUUGAUGCUCGGCUUUAAGCUCCAUGUGUCCUUGCUGGUUGGGCUGCCACAUCUGGAUACUGCAGGCAGCGAGAAGGUAAAAUAAGGAGGCUCCGCCGCGCCGCGGGGGGACCCCCGGAGACCGACGGUUCCGAGCCGGAAGGCGCGUUGGGCGUCCGCGGAGACAUGGCUUUGAGCUCAGCCUGGCGCCGCGUCCUGCCCCUGUGGCUCCUCUGGGGCGCUGCCUGCGCCCGCGCGGCGUCCGGGGACGACAACGCUUUUCCUUUUGACAUCGAAGGGAGCUCAGCGGUUGGCAGGCAGGACCCGCCUGAGACGAGCGAGCCCCAGCCCCGCGUGGCCCCGGGACGCCUGCCGCCCGCUGCCCAGCCAUGUGGCGCUGGAUUCUUUCGCACCCUGUCAGGAGAAUGUGUGCCUUGUGACUGCAAUGGCAAUUCCAACGAGUGUCUGGACGGCUCUGGAUCCUGUGUGCACUGCCAGCGGAACACGACAGGAGAGCACUGUGAAAGGUGUCUGGAUGGUUAUAUUGGAGAUUCCAUCAGGGGAGCACCCCGGUUCUGCCAGCUGUGCCCCUGUCCCCUGCCCCAGCUGGCCAAUUUUGCAGAAUCCUGCUAUAGGAAAAAUGGAGCUGUUCGGUGUAUGUGCAAAGAAAACUAUGCUGGACCUAACUGUGAGAGAUGUGCUCCUGGUUACUAUGGAAACCCCUUACUCAUUGGAAGCACCUGUAAGAAAUGCGACUGCAGUGGAAAUUCAGAUCCCAAUCUGAUCUUUGAGGAUUGUGAUGAAGUCACUGGCCAGUGUAGAAAUUGCUUACGCAACACCACUGGGUUCAAGUGUGAACGCUGUGCUCCUGGCUACUAUGGGGAUGCCAGGAUAGCCAAGAACUGUGCAGUGUGCAACUGCGGAGGAGGCCCAUGUGACAGCGUAACCGGAGACUGCUUGGAAGAAGGUUUUGAACCCCCUACAGGCAUGGACUGCCCAACCAUAAGCUGUGAUAAGUGCGUCUGGGACCUGACGGAUGACCUGCGGCUCGCGGCGCUCUCCGUGGAGGACGGCAAAGCCGGGCUGCUGAGCGUGUCCUCGGGGGCCGCCGCCCACAGGCACGUGAGCGAAAUGAACGCCACCAUCUACCUCCUCAGGACGAAAUUGUCAGAAAGAGAAAACCAGUAUGUCCUAAGAAAGAUCCAAAUCAACAAUGCUGAGAACACGAUGAAAAGCCUUCUGUCUGACGUAGAGGAAUUAGCUGAAAAGGAAAGUCAAGCCUCAAGAAAGGGGCACCUAGUUCAGAAGGAAAGCCUGGACACCAUUAACCACGCAACUCAGCUUGUAGAGAAAGCCCAUGAUAUGAGGGAAAAAAUCCAAGAGAUCAACAGCAAGAUGCUCUAUUAUGGGGAGGAGCUGGAACUUAGUCCCGAGGAAAUCUCUGAGAAACUGGUGUUGGCCGAGAAGAUGCUAGAGGAGAUUAGACGCCGGCAGCCAUUCCUGGACCAGCGGGAGCUUGUGGAUGAGGAGGCAGACGAGGCCCAUGAACUGCUGAGCCAGGCUGAGAGCUGGCAGCGGCUGUACAAUGACACUCGCUCUCUGUUUCCUGUCGUCCUGGAGCAGCUGGACGACUACAAUGCUAAGUUGUCAGACCUCCAGGAAUCGCUGGACCAGGCCCUUGACCGUGUCAGGGAUGCUGAAGACAUGAACAGGGCCACCGCAGCCAGGCAGCGGGACUACGAGAAACAGCACGAGAGCGUGAGGGAGCAAAUGGAAGCGGUGAACGCGUCUCUGAGUGCGUCCGCCGACUCUCUGGCAAUGCCUCGUCUGACAAUUUCGGAGCUUGAAGAUAUAAUAAAGAAUGCAUCAGGGAUUUAUGCAGAAAUAGAUGGAGCCAAAAAUGAACUGCAAGGAAAACUAUCUAACUUAAGUAACCUCAGCCAUGAUUUAGUCCAAGAAGCUGUUGACCAUGCACAGAACCUUCAACAAGAAGCUGAUGAAUUGAGCAGAAAUUUGCACAGUUCAGAUAUGAAUGGGCUGGUACAGAAGGCUUUGGAUGCAUCAAAUGUCUAUGAAAAUAUUGUCAAUUAUGUUAGUGAAGCCAAUGAAACAGCAGAAUUCGCUUUGAAUGUCACUGACCGAAUCUAUGACGCUGUGAGUGGGAUUGAUACUCAAAUCAUUUACCAUAAAGAUGAAAGCGAGAACCUCCUCAAUCAAGCCAGAGAACUGCAAGCAAGGGCAGAUUCUAGCAAUGAUGAGGCAGUGGCUGACACCAGCAGGCGUGUGGGCGGAGCCCUGGCCCGGAAGAGUGCCCUUAGGAACAGACUCAGCGAUGCCGUUAAGCAACUGCAAGCAGCAGAGAGAGGGGACGCUCAGCAGCGCCUGGGUCAGUCGAGGCUGAUCACUGCGGAAGCGAACAAGACGACAAUGGAGGUGCAACGGGCCACCGCCCCAAUGGCCAAAAACCUGACCAGCUGGUCACAGAACCUGCAAAGUUUUGACUCUUCUGCUUACAACACUGCUGUGGACUCUGCUAGAGAUGCAGUAAGAAAUCUGACAGAGGUUGUCCCUCAGCUCCUGGAUCAGCUUCGCACGGUUGAGCAGAAGCGGCCUGCAAGCAAUGUCUCUGCCAGCAUCCAGCGGAUUCGCGAGCUUAUUGCUCAGACCAGAAGCGUCGCCAGCAAGAUCCAAGUCUCCAUGAUGUUUGACGGCCAGUCAGCCGUGGAAGUGCACCCCAAAACCAGUGUGGAUGACUUAAAGGCUUUUACAUCCCUGAGCCUGUACAUGAAACCUCCCGUGAAGCAGCCAGAACAGGCUGGGACUGCAGAUCAGUUCGUCCUGUACCUUGGAAGCAAAAACGCCAAAAAAGAGUAUAUGGGUCUUGCAAUCAAAAAUGAUAACCUGGUGUAUGUCUAUAAUUUGGGGACUAAGGAUGUGGAGAUUCCCCUUGACUCCAAACCCGUCAGCUCCUGGCCUGCUCACUUCAGCAUUGUCAAAAUUGAAAGGGUAGGAAAACAUGGAAAGGUGUUUUUAACAGUACCAAGUCUAAGUAGCACUGCAGAGGAAAAGUUUAUUAAGAAGGGGGAAUUCGCGGGAGAUGACUCCCUGCUGGAUCUGGAUGCCGAGGACGCUGUGUUUUACGUUGGUGGAGUGCCUUCAAACUUCAAGCUUCCUGCCAGCUUAAACCUGCCUGGCUUCGCUGGCUGCCUGGAACUGGCCACUUUGAAUAAUGAUGUGAUCAGCUUGUACAACUUUAAGCACAUCUAUAAUAUGGACCCCUCCACAUCAGUGCCCUGUGCCAGAGAUAAACUGGCCUUCACUCAGAGUCGGGCUGCCAGUUACUUCUUUGACGGCUCCAGUUAUGCUGUGGUGAGGGACAUCACGAGGAGAGGGAAAUUUGGUCAGGUGACUCGCUUUGACAUAGAAGUUCGAACCCCAGCUGACAACGCCCUAAUUCUCCUGAUGGUCAAUGGAAGUAUGUUUUUCAGCCUGGAAAUGCGCAAUGGUUACCUACACGUGUUCUAUGACUUUGGAUUCAGCAAUGGUCCUGUGCAUCUUGAAGACACAUUGAAGAAAGCUCAAAUUAAUGAUGCAAAAUACCAUGAGAUCUCAAUCAUUUACCACAAUGAUAAGAAAAUGAUCUUGGUAGUUGACAGACGACAUAUCAAGAGCAUGGAUAAUGAAAAGAUGAAAAUACCUUUUUCAGAUAUAUAUAUUGGAGGAGCUCCCCCAGAAAUCUUACAAUCCAGGACUCUAAGAGCACACCUUCCCCUAGAUAUCAACUUCAGAGGAUGUAUGAAGGGUUUCCAGUUCCAAAAGAAAGAUUUCAAUUUACUGGAACAAACAGAAACCCUAGGAGUUGGUUAUGGAUGUCCAGAAGACUCUCUUAUAUCUCGCAGAGCAUACUUCAACGGGCAGAGUUUCAUUGCUUCAACUCAGAAAAUAUCUUUCUUUGAUGGCUUUGAAGGAGGUUUUAAUUUCCGAACAUUACAGCCAAAUGGGUUACUAUUCUAUUAUGCUUCAGGGUCAGACGUGUUCUCCAUUUCACUGGAUAAUGGUACGGUCGUCAUGGAUGUAAAGGGAGCCAAAGUUCAGUCGGCAGAUAAGCAGUACAAUGAUGGGCUGUCCCACUUCAUCAUUACCUCUGUCUCACCCGUGAGAUAUGAACUGAUAGUAGAUAAAAGCAGACAUGGGACUAAGAACCCUGCAAAAGGUAAAGCAGAACAGAUGCAAGCAGGUGAAAAGAAGUUUUACUUCGGUGGCUCACCCAUCAGUACCCAGUAUGCUAAUUUCACUGGCUGUAUAAGUAAUGCCUACUUUACCAGGCUGAAUAGAGAUGUGGAGGUCGAAGAUUUCCAGCGGUAUUCUGAAAAGGUCCACACUUCUCUUUAUGAGUGUCCCAUUGAGUCUUCACCAUUGUUUCUCCUUCACAAAAAAGGAAAAAAUUUCUCAAAGCCUAAAACAAGUCAGAAUAAAAAGGGGGAGAAAAGUAAAGAUGCACCUUCAUGGGAUCCUGUUGGCCUGAAAUUCCUGGAGAGGAAUACUCCGAGAGACUCUCAUUGCCACCUUUCCAACAGCCCUCGGGCAAUAGAGCAUGCCUAUCAAUAUGGAGGAACAGCCAACAGCCGCCAAGAAUUUGAACACUUAAGAGGAGAUUUUGGUGAAAAAUCUCAGUUUUCCAUUCGUCUGAAAACUCGUUCCUCCCAUGGGAUGAUUUUCUAUGUCUCUGAUCAAGAAGAGAAUGACUUCAUGACUCUAUUUUUGGCUCAUGGCCGAUUGAUUUUCAUGUUUAAUGUUGGCCACAAGAAACUGAAGAUUAGAAGCCAGGAGAAAUACAAUGAUGGAUCAUGGCAUGAUGUGAUAUUUAUUCGGGAAAAGAGCAGUGGCCGGCUGAUAAUAGACGGUCUUCGAGUCCUAGAAGAAAGUCUUCCUCCUACCGGAGCUACCUGGAAAAUCAAGGGUCCCAUUUAUUUGGGAGGUGUGGCUCCGGGAAGGGCUGUGAAAAAUGUCCAGAUUAAUUCAGUCUACAGUCUAAGUGGCUGUCUCAGCAAUCUCCAGCUCAAUGGGGCCUCCAUCACCUCUGCUUCUCAGACAUUUAGCGUGACCCCUUGUUUUGAAGGUCCGAUGGAAACAGGAACCUACUUUUCAACAGAAGGAGGAUAUGUGGUUCUAGAUGAGUCUUUCAAUAUUGGAUUGAAGUUUGAAAUUGCAUUUGAAGUCCGUCCUAGAAGCAGUUCCGGAACCCUUGUCCAUGGCCACAGUGUCAACGGGGAGUACCUAAAUGUCCACAUGAAAAAUGGGCAGGUCAUAGUGAAAGUCAACAAUGGCAUCAGAGACUUUUCUACCUUAGUUAUACCCAAGCAGAGUCUCUGUGAUGGCAGAUGGCACAGAAUUACAGUUAUCAGAGAUUCCAAUGUGGUUCAGUUAGAUGUAGACUCUGAAGUGAACCAUGUGGUUGGACCCCUGAAUCCAAAACCAGUUGAUCACAGGGAGCCUGUGUUUGUUGGAGGUGUUCCAGAGUCUCUACUGACACCACGCUUGGCCCCCAGCAAACCCUUCACAGGCUGCAUCCGCCACUUUGUGAUUGAUGGGCGCCCAGUGAGCUUCAGUAAAGCAGCCCUGGUCAGCGGUGCAGUAAGCAUCAACUCCUGUCCAGCAGCCUGACACAACAGAACACAGCUGCCCAAGUACAAAGUUCUUUAGAGCACUGAAAUAAACACAAAGCCAGCCAGAAGGAAUAGCAGCUCUUCCUUCUGAUGGAAGCGUUCAUCUAGUUGAACAGUCAUCAAGGAUUGGAUACUUCUUAUUUCUCAUUUGGAUUCUUACCUUGGAUCCAAAAUGGACAAUAAUCGAAGGAGUGGUAAACUUACUUGUAUUGAGAGCGCACACUUCCUACUGGUGAAAUUACUGUUCCUGUUUCUAAUAAAAUAGAAGGGAUUCUAAAUAAACACUGGCACACAU